AUGAGCUCCAUCAAGUUUGUCGUGUCCUCUUUGGACACGAUUGCUGCCUCCAAAGAUGCACAGCGCAUCAAGCAGCUAGGCGAGUUUGCCAAAAAGGCUCUCGAUGCCAUCAAGGAACAAGAACAGCUUCCGGACCCCGAAAUUGUCUUUGCGCCCCUGCAGCUCGCCACGCGAACCAAUAAUUCCCAACUCACCACUACGGCCCUCGACUGCAUCGGCAAGCUGAUAUCGUAUUCAUACUUUUCAGCCGAAAGCAAGCAAGAGCCUGUCGAAGGUGACGCGGCGACACCCCAAAAAGCACCGCUCAUCGAACGUGCCAUCGACACAAUAUGCGACUGUUUCCAAGGAGAGGCUACCGAACCAGAAAUUCAAUUGCAGAUUGUCAAGUCGCUUUUAGCCGCUGUCCUCAAUGACAAGAUUGUCGUGCAUGGUGCAGGACUCCUGAAAGCUGUCCGACAAGUUUACAAUGUGUUCCUCCUCUCGCGGAGUACACCAAACCAGCAAGUCGCUCAAGGCACCUUGACCCAAAUGGUUGGUACAGUAUUUGAACGUGUCAAGGCACGACUGCACAUGAAGGAGGCUCGCUUGAAUUUGGGAAACCUCAAGCAUAGCUCCAGCAAUGUCACAUUUGACAACCAGGAUGGCGCCAACGGAGCCAACGAACACGACGAAGGCCCUCAAGCCGCUGGAGAGGAAACGGCCCCAGAGGAUUCUGGCGCAAAACUCACUCUCAAAGAUUUGGAGCAUCGAAAAAGCUUUGAUGACUCUGCAUUGGGUGAUGGGCCUACUAUGGUUACUCAUAUCAGACCAGCCAAGAGCAACGGCGAACCCGAGUCCCCGGGCCACGGCACGAAUGCCCACGCUGACGAAGAAGCGCUUGAAGCUGAAGACGAGGUCUAUAUACGAGACGCUUAUCUCGUCUUUAGAUCAUUCUGUAACCUCUCAACCAAAGUUCUCCCACCGGAUCAGCUUUUCGAUAUUCGUGGCCAACCGAUGCGGUCAAAACUCAUCUCGCUGCAUCUCAUCCACACCGUUUUGAAUAACAACAUUUCCGUUUUUACAUCACCUCUUUGCACCAUCAAAAAUUCAAAGAGCAACGAACCAACGAGCUUCCUCCAGGCAAUCAAAUUUUAUCUGUGUCUCAGCAUUACGAGGAAUGGUGCAAGCUCUGUCGACAAAGUCUUUGAAGUCUGCAGCGACAUUUUCUGGCUGAUGUUGAAAUUUAUGCGACCACCCUUCAAGAAAGAAAUCGAAGUCAUUCUCAAAGAAAUUUAUUUGGCUCUUCUUUCCCAGAAGAAUGCCCCAAUGUCACAAAAACUCUACUUCAUCACAAUUCUCAACCGCCUUUGCGCCGAUCCCAGGGCACUGGUGGAAAUCUAUCUCAACUACGACUGCGACCAGACCGUGGAUAAUAUCUACCAAACCAUCAUCGAGGAUCUCUCCAAAUUUUCCACCGCAUCUGUCGCUGUCACCGCAGUCAAUGAGCAUGUAUACGAGGAGACCAGAGCCAAAACACAAUCGGCCAGCGAAUGGCAGCUCAAGACUAUUCUUCCUCCUCCCCUGACUGUGGCUCACAUCCUCCCACAGUCGGAUCCGGAGCCCGAUUACCCUAAAGAAUACGCCGUGAAGCGUAUCGCUUUGGAAGCUCUCGUCGAGGCGUUGAAAUCACUUGUGAACUGGUCGGCGUCGGUGCGGCCUGAAGCCGGAGUUGCGCGUGCGGAAAAAGACAGGAAAAUAUCUACCGACGACCUGCGCGCAUCUAUCGAUCCUAGCAUGAGCGAUACAACAUCGCGCAUGGAUACACCCUUGCCGCCUUCAACGCCUGUACUUGAUGACGAUCCGGCUCAGUUGGAGCGAGAAAAGGCGCGGAAAACAGCACUGAUCAAUGCCAUUCGAAAAUUCAACUUUAAGCCUAAGCACGGCAUCAAGGCUCUCGUCGCCGAAGGCUUCAUCCCGAGUGACAGCCCGGAGGAUAUUGCCAAAUUUCUUCUUAAAGAAGACAAGCUCGACAAGGCCCAGAUUGGAGAAUAUCUGGGCGAGGGAGAUCAAAAGAAUAUCGAUACUAUGCACGCCUUUGUGGAUGCAAUGGAGUUUACCAAGCGGCGCUUCGUCGAUGCCCUCCGAGUAUUUCUACAGUCGUUUCGCUUGCCUGGCGAGGCACAAAAGAUUGAUCGAUUCAUGCUGAAAUUUGCUGAGCGCUAUGUUCUCGGUAAUCCCAAUGCAUUUGCCAACGCCGACACUGCGUAUGUGCUCGCCUAUUCUGUGAUCCUUCUCAACACCGAUCAGCACAGCAGCAAGAUUGCGAAGCGCAUGACAAAGGAAGAGUUUAUCAAAAACAAUAGAGGUAUUAACGAUAAUGCCGAUCUUCCGGAUGACUAUCUUAUCGGGAUUUACGACGAGAUUGCCGGCAACGAAAUUGUCUUGACCAGCGAACGUGAGGCUGCCGCAGCUGCUGGGAGUGCACCUGUGCAGUCGACUGGGCUGGCUGCAGGCUUUGGACAAGCCUUUUCCAACGUCGGACGUGAUCUCCAAAGAGAAGCAUACAUGCAACAAUCGGAGGAAAUCUCUGUGCGCUCAGAACAGUUGUUCAAAAAUCUGUUCAAAAGUCAGCGCCGAAGCACUACCAAGACGGGCCCAAAGUUCAUCCCGGCCACUUCUUUCAAGCACGUUGGCUCCAUGUUUGAUGUGACCUGGAUGUCCUUCUUCUCAGCGCUAUCCUCCCAACUGCAGAAGGCUCACAGCAUCGAAGUGAGCAAGCUUUGCCUCGAGGGCAUGAAGCUCGCAACCAAGAUUGCUUGCACGUUUGAGCUAUCAACACCAAGAGAAGCCUUCAUCUCCGCGCUGAAGAAUACCACCAACCUGAACAACCCUCAAGACAUGAUGGCCAAAAACAUCGAGGCAGUCAAAAUUAUGUUAGAUCUCGGACAGACCGAAGGUAAUGUCCUACGAGAAUCAUGGAAGGAUAUUCUUAUGUGCAUUAGUCAACUGGAUCGAUUGCAGCUCAUUUCCGGCGGCGUAGACGAGAGCGCCAUCCCGGAUGUUUCAAAAGCUCGUUUCAUGCCACCACCGAGAACCGAAACCUCUGACUCUAGAGCAUCAACAUCUUCGCGACCGCGCAAUCGCGGGCGCUCAGGAACGGGUUCGCGCGGCUUUUCAAACGAAAUUGCUUUGGAAAGUCGCUCUGACGAAGUAGUACGAAGUGUCGAUCGCAUCUUUUCCAACACAGCCAAUCUGUCGGGCGAUGCCAUGGUACAUUUUGCCAAGGCCCUCACAGAGGUCAGCUGGGAUGAGAUCAGAGUCUCCGGUUCCAACGAUUCACCCCGCACAUACAGCUUACAAAAGAUUGUGGAAAUCAGCUACUACAACAUGAACCGCGUCAGAUUUGAGUGGAGCAACAUCUGGGUAGUGCUGGGUGAGCACUUCAACCAAGUCGGCUGUCACAACAACAUGAAUAUUGUCUUCUUCGCACUGGAUUCCUUGCGACAGCUUUCCAUGCGUUUCUUGGAGAUUGAAGAGCUGGCUGGUUUCAAGUUUCAGAAAGAUUUCCUCAAACCUUUCCAGCACAUUUUGGCCAAUUCCGAUAACGUGACGGUCAAGGACCUUGUCCUGAGAUGUCUGAUUCAAAUGAUCCAAGCACGAGGCGGCAAUAUUCGCUCAGGAUGGCGAACCAUGUUUGGCGUCUUUACCGUCGCAGCCCGCGAAACCUCAGAGAGCAUCGUGAACCUGGCCUAUGAGAAUGUCAGCCAAGUUUACAAAGAUAAAUUCGGUGUCGUUGUCGCCCAAGGAGCAUUCACUGAUCUCAUUGUCUGUCUGACGGAAUUCUCGAAGAAUCUCAAAUUCCAAAAAAAGAGUUUGGCAGCUCUUGAGCUUCUGAAAUCCAUCAUUCCAAAGAUGCUGAAGACGCCAGAGUGCCCACUUUCGCAGCAACCGGAGAAUCGACCAGAGACAAAGUCAUCGCCAAAAUCUAGCACGUCUAUCGAGGAGGGAUACUGGUUCCCGGUACUUUUCGCAUUUCACGACGUUUUGAUGACGGGCGAGGACCUGGAAGUGCGCUCGAAUGCCUUGGAGUACUUUUUUGCCACUCUUAUCAAAUAUGGCGGCGACUUUACUCCCGAUUUCUGGGACAUACUCUGGAGACAACAGCUUUACCCAAUCUUCAUGGUGCUGAGGUCACGCCCCGAAAUGGCAAAUGUCUUGCAUCAUGAGGAGCUGUCUGUCUGGCUUUCAACAACCAUGAUUCAGGCGCUGAGAAACAUGAUUACUCUGUUCACUCACUACUUUGAAUCGCUAGAGUACAUGCUUGAUAGAUUUUUGGAGCUGCUGGAACUUUGCAUUUGCCAAGAAAAUGACACCAUCUCCCGGAUUGGCAGCAACUGCUUGCAGCAGCUUAUCCUUAAGAAUGUUACCAAAUUCGAGCCCGAGCACUGGACGAAGAUUGUUGGGGCUUUCUGCGAGCUUUUCGAACGGACGACAGCUUAUCAACUCUUCACGGCAGCAAACGGCACGUCUCCUGCCGCUCUGUCUCUGCCGUCCAACGGUAUAGACUUUUCUGGUGGUCUCAGCCCGGGCGGAGAACCAACUGUGGAUGAAAAAUCCCUUAAAAUCAAUGGCGGAGACGAAAAUGCAAGUUUUUCCGACAACGAGUCAAUGAACCGUCCAAUCUCCCCGCGACCACUUGAUGAAGAUGCACGACGACCGUCAAUCGGCGCAACAAGCCAAACUCCGCUGGAAGAGUUCAAGCCGGCAUCCACACUGCAGCAGCAGCCCGUUGUUGUCACUGCGGCGAGAAGGAGAUUCUUCAACCGCAUCAUUUCGCGCUGCGUUCUGCAGCUCCUCAUGAUUGAGACGGUCAACGAACUCUUCAGCAACGACACUGUGUACGCCCACAUCCCAUCAACAGAGCUGCUGCGCCUAAUGGCGCUUCUCAAGCGAUCAUUUCAAUUUGCAAGACGCUUCAACGACGACAAGGAGCUCCGCAUGAAAUUGUGGCGAGAGGGCUUCAUGAAGCAGCCUCCCAACCUCCUAAAGCAGGAGAGCGGAGCGGCCGCAACCUACGUAUCCAUCUUGUUCCGCAUGUUUGCCGACAAUGCCCCAGAGCGUCUGGACAGCCGGGCGGAUAUCGAGUCUGCUCUCGUUCCGCUGUGCAAGGAUAUUAUAACCGGGUACUCUACGCUGGUGGAGGAGAGCCAGCAGCGAAAUCUGGCCGCCUGGCGUCCUGUCGUGGUGGACGUGCUCGAGGGGUAUGCAACUUUCCCAGACGAUGCGUUUAAGACGCACAUUGGCGAGUUUUAUCCGCUUGCGGUGGAACUUCUUCAAAAAGACUUGACUGCUGAUCUCCGGGGCGCUCUGCUCACAGUGCUUCGCCGCGUGGGCGAGGUGUCUUUGGGCAUAGCCGGCAUGGCGAGCAGGACCGGCAAGAGACGGGAGAGUGUCGUCAGCGCUGCAUCGCAAGGAGCCGCUGGAGAUCAAGAACAGGCCGCGCGCAAUAUGCUGUGA